GUAACUGCUUCAGGUUUUGACGUCGUUGUUAAAUUGCACUCGUUUAUGGUAGUUGUAUUAACCCUGCAUUCAGCUCGUUGUGAUCAUCUGUGCGGAACCCUGCGCUCUCUGUAUGAUCUGCACGGCGCGCGCACACACACUCCGUUUACACGCAACGCAUUUCCUAUGAUCCCUCGGAAUCGCGUGACUGGCGGAGUUCUUCCUGCUGAGAGGUCAGACACACAAGCGAACUCACCGGCGCGCUCCUGCAGACAUUCUGCUGAGACAAUGUGACUGCCCGCCUCCAAUCGCAAUGAUCAGACACAGCAACCGCGAUAACACCACACAACCCGCAACAUUCACAAUCACAACAACAGCACUCCCGUUUAUCCACGUCCCGGGAGCGACCCACACUCCAGGUGAAAUCUGCGAGCCCAUAUCGAGAAGGGGAAACAGAGAGAGGACUGUCUGUACACAACCCGUCAUCCGGCAUCAUCCGGGAGAGCGUCCCUUUAUGAGAAAAACAGCAGCAGUGCCGCGCUUACCUGCUUCUCAAGCCUUCCAGUUACACCUCAACCCCACAGAUGCUGGUAUGCAGUGCUGCGUGGCAGAGCCUCGCUACACCAUCGAGCAGAUUGCCCUGCUGCAGCGACUGCGUCUCUCCGGCAUGUCCAAACCCCAGAUCCUGCAUGCGCUCGACUCCCUGGAGCGACUGGACCAGGAGCAGAGCCACACGCUUCCACGGCAACCGCCCCAGUGCUGCAGGAACCACGGCAACACGCCGGCCACGCCCCCCACCUCUUCAUCCUCCUCCCUCCUCGCCCCCUCCCCCUCCCUGUCGCCUAGCAACGAGGCCUCCCCGCCCCCCCAGGGGCAGUCAUUCAGCUACGACCUGGAGGAGUGGGAUGUAGAGGAGCGAGUGGAGGAGUACAUGAGGAGGGACAGCAGUGUGGUGAAGGAGGAAAUCAAAGUCUUUUUAAACAACCGGAGGAUCUCUCAAGCCAUCGUGGGGCAGGUCACAGGGAUCAGUCAGAGCUACAUCUCACAGUGGCUGCUGCAGCAGGGGCUGGAGAUGAGUGACCCCAAAAAGAGAGCCUUCUACCGCUGGUACCUGCUGGAGCGCAGCAGCCCAGGGACCACGCUGUCUCUACGGCCCCUGUGUGGCCCUGUGAAGGAGGAGCCGGAGUGGAGCGGGAGCCUGGGAGGGGGCGUGUCUUUGAGGCUGCGUCGCGGGAGCCGCUUCACCUGGAGGAAGGAGUGCCUGUCCGUCAUGGAGAGCUUCUUCCAGGAGAACCAGUAUCCCGAAGAGUCCAAGAGAGAGGAGAUCGCUGGAGCCUGCAACGCCGUCAUUCAGAAACCAGCCGGCUCCCGGCUGUCAGAGUUCGAGAAGGUCACGGCUCUGAAGGUCUACAACUGGUUUGCAAACCGGAGGAAAGAGAUGAAGAGGAGGGCCAAUAUAGAAGCCGCUAUCCUGGAGAGCCACGGAAUAGAGGUUCACAGCCCGAGCUGCCAAUCAAACAGUGAUGACAUCGAGGGGGCGGAGUUACACGACACAGCUGAUCUCACCUCGGGGAACGCCCCCCAGCAGGAGCCCCUCUCAUUGGCCGAGCAGGCAGUGACUCUGCACAGCCCGGUCCUGCGGCUGGCCAAUCAGAAGGCUGGAGAGCUGAAGAGGGAGGCGGUCGAGGAGGAGUGAGCGGGCAGCUGUCCUGAUCAAUCGAUCUGUCGACGCGAGGGAGCUGGUCCAAUCCCGCGGAAGUACAGCUCCUCCUAGCCACUCCCCCUUCCUGGAGUCGGGCCAAUGAGGUGCCAGGGACUCUCCUGAGCGAUUUCGCCGGCCUCUUGGCUAGCCAAUCAGCAGCUCCGCUUCGGGGGUUGAUGGACACAGUAUGUAAUCACGAUAAUUAUACUAUUAAUACUAAUAAUAAGGAAGAUAUCUACAGUAAUAAUAUCUAUGUAUAACGCUUUCCAGAACCGUCUUAGUGUAAACCUGCUUUUUGAAAACGAGAAAGGAACGAAGUGUCUGGAAAGAGAGUGUCAGAACUCAGCGGAUGGAAGUGCGGUGGCACGUUUCACGUUUGUUUAAAAUCACUUUUUUUUUUUUGGCAGGGGUUUGUUGAAUUAAUCCCUGAAGUUACCCUUCUAAUGAAUUAUUAUUUUUGGCCCUGCUAUUUUAAUACGAAGGUUGUUUUUCGAGAAUGCCUUUAAGGGUGUGACAUGUAACCCCCCCCCCCCCCCCGCCCCCCUCCCCAAAACGGCUGCUGGCUGCACUGCAAUCUAGUGCCUUUAGACUGUUAGAUCACAAACCCUGUGAAAACAUUCAGUUGUUUUUUAUUUAAUUCAUGUACCCUCAAUAAAAUAAAUAC